AUGUCGUUUUUCACGAUUGAAACGUUUCAAAAGUACAGCCAAGAAGUUCAAGAAUCGAUGGCUUCUAAGGUUCAGCUUAAUUCUACAUCACCAGUGCAUAGCAUUUCAAAGGCUGAUAUCAAAUUGAAUGAAAAGCAACCUCUAAAUAAAAAAACAACCACAAGAUCUCUUUCUGUCGAAGCUACCAGAAAGCUUGAUCCAUUGUCAUCGCUGAAUCUUGCACGUAAUGCAAAUCCAUGGCUUGAAAAUUCUCUAUUGACCCCGACGGCUUGCAAUUAUCUUGACCACGCCGAGGAUGCUUCGGCUUCUGCUGUAGCUGCAAUGUCACUGAAAUUGGUCGAUGAUUACAACACUGAAGAAGAUUGGGGUGACUUCGUUAAAUCUGGUUCACAUGACGAGAAUGUUAAGCAACAAGUUAUCAGGCGUGAGAGUUUGCUGAGACGUUCGACGCCUGCGUGUGAAGGGUCUCUCAACCAGCUUGACAACUUGAAGUGUGGCGACGGCGAAGACCGCAACAUCACGUAUGACUGGCCUCAUGACCGAUCUUCUAGCCCAAUGCGGGGUGUAAACUCACCGUCGACGGUAAUUCGCAAUAAUACCCCUACGCACGCUGAAUCUAAUCUACAGGUGCGUUCCAGUCCGAGAAAUGAAGAUUCUAAGGGUUUUACUACCACAUUGCUGAGCCGGUUGCUCUCACUUGGUAGCUUAUCGCCACGUUUUGGUUUUACACAUUCUAAUUCUAGCCGGGCGAUGGAGCGAAAUUACGAUUCGUACGACGUCACGUUUGAUCGUGGACCUGUCGGGUUAAAGCUUGAGACCGAUUGGUAUGGACGUCAAGCCGUCGUGAAAGGCUUUCGUGCUAUCAAUGCAAUAGGAGAUGAAGGUGCAGCGAAACGAUGUGGAUUAAUUCGGGUAGGUGACGUUCUUACCGCCAUUAAUGGCGAAUCGUGUCUCGAGAUGGACUUUCAAGAAACUUUGGAAUUGCUUCGUCUGGCAGGUAAAUCUCGUCACACUCUUCACUUUAAGUCCCUCGAAGCUGCCGGUGACUUGAGCAUUUACGCGAGCGACAAAGAUCUAGUACAAGCACGAGCGUUUAUUCAUCAGCACAAACAGCGGUUCUACCGACCUCCAGUUGCUCAUAAAAAUGCCAACCCACACGAGUUAAUACUUGGAUGUAUUGAGCGACUUCGAGGUGAAUUCGUGACAGCAUUUAAUUUCCACCUUGAGGAAACAGGCGAAUUUUUGCUUGCUGCAUCCUGUUUAAGUGACGGUUCAGGGCCGUUUAUUUUUCACAACUUGCGAGAUUCUCAUCUGCGUACUAUGCGCGACCUCCCUCAAAGUGAAGACUCGGCUGUAUACUUGGGUCGUCUUGAGCCAAGCUUUCUUGGCAUUGACUUUACACUUUUUGAUCAUCACACUGGCUCAACGUCGCAGCACAAUCAUGAACUUGCCUAUAUUGUCUACGAUGCAAACAUUCUUGGUCGCAUUCCUAAUUCGUUAAAAUGCAUAGUGUCAAGGCCUGUUGACGACGAUUAUGAUGACACUGGUUUUCAAAGUCGUACGAGUAUGUCUCUGCAUGAGCAGCGUUCUGGAAUGGGCAGUGAUGGCGCCAUCUUUAACACACACCAAGCACGAUUAGGGCGCUCUGCAAGUCUUGUUGACCGGUUUAACCGUCAGCAACAGUCGCGUACAAUGUCAAUCACUGAACGUCUCAGAAGUUUAACUCUGGACGACAUUGAUUUGCGGCUCGAAAUGUUUAGUGAUAACGCACACAGCUGGUUGGAUGACGAUGAUGCUGAAGGCCACUCCCGCUCUAUGCGAGUGAAGCAGAAUCGACUUAGGGGCGAGCGCGCUGCCUCGAUGGGACAGAUUUCUUACGGUGCUGUAGAGCAGCAGGAAUAUGAGAAAGAUCUGCUCGUAUUUAGCACAAAACAGCCUUGGUGGAAUGAAGACCUUCGUGCGUGGACGUUAAACUUUCAAGGACGCGCGAAAGUCGCUUCAAAAAAAAAUUUCUUGCUGGUUGGGCAGGAGUCAAACGAGAACGAAGACGAGGAACCAGGCAUAACAUUACGCUUUGGUAAAGUAUCGAAAACUCGCUUUUCGCUGGACUACGCAGCUCCUCUCGCUCCCAUUCAGGCACUUGCUGUCGCAUGUUCUGCAUUCGCGAACAAAAGGGCUGUUACGUAG